UCUUGAGUGUGGUAUUUCUCCGGGGCUGUCCUGAGCCUGAAUGCACCUUGGGCCCAAGUUGCAGAGUCCGUGUGAUGGGUGGGAGGCGCCCAGUGAGACCUUCGCAGGUAGUCACCAGGCCCUGCCUCCCUGCCCCUGUGACAGUCCUAAUAAUUGGUGACUGACUCAUCCUCACUUCAAAGGCCUAGGCCAAGUUCAGCUACUUAACCCACUGCACCACACCCGCCUGUCACUCUGGAAUUCUGCUCUGCGGGGAGCUGGUGCCCCACCUGCAGACCUGCUUCUCACCUGGCAGGUGCCUCCUCCUGGCCCGUAUGCACAGCGGCCUUAGAGAGGUCCUCAAGGGCUGUGCUCUCUGACUGCCCCCAGCCAUGGCUGUGCAGGUGCCCCUGUGGCACCACUACCUGCAGGCCAUCCGCUCCCGGGGGGCGCCCCGGGCACAGGACCACCAGCUUGCGGAGAACGUGUUGCUCACGGUGCUGGAGCACGUGCACGCCCGGGACCCCCGCUUCCUCGUAGACUACUCGCACGACCUGGAGGCCUUCCAGUUUGCCCUGCGCUCCUCGGAGGACCCGCUGGACAUGGAAGUGCCCCUGUGGGUGGACGCCGAGGCCCUCCUGAUCGAGGAGCUGGGGGCCACCGAGACAGGGGAUGGCCCCGCAUCCUGCCGCCUGGGCGUCCCCAGGGAGGUGGCCGGCCUGGAGCGGUGGAUGACAGACGACGUCUUCAGUGCUUCGGAGGACAGUGCCAAGUACUGCGGCCACAUCGUGCCCGGCAAGGUCCUGCACGUCCUCAAGGACCUUCUGGUGGCGGCCAUUGUGCACUGCAAGCACCACAGCCUCAUCACGCCAGGUUCUCUGAACGCAGCCAGCCUGAGGGAGGAGGAGCUCUGCCUGUCCCUACUGGUGUCCAGUGGCUGGAGAACGAUCCGCUUCAACAUCGUGCCCGUGGUGCGGAGGAAGCACAGGGUGCCCGCCCUGGAGGGGGCUCAGCUGAUACCCGGCUUCCCCGAGGGCAGCUUGAAAAGAAUCAUCAGCCAAGAGGUGGCUCUGGUGCCGGCCAGUGCCCAGCACUGGAGGGUCUCCACUGACUACCUGCUCACGAGGCUGCUUGGAGCACUGGGCUCCCUCCAGGGUCACCGCCUGGACAGUCUCUCCAUCCUGGACCGGGUCAACCAUGAGAGCUGGCGUGAUGGUGGCCAGCGCCCCGGCUUGAACUUCGGCCACCUGAAGACGGUGCUGCUGUGGGCCUCGGUGCUCUUCCCGGCACCCGAGGACUGGGCGGAGCUGCAGGGCUCCGGGUACCGUCUGCUGGUGGUGCUGCUCUGCUGCCUGGCCACCAGGAACCUGCCCCACUUCCUCUACCCCGAGCGGAACCUGCUGCAGGACUCUGGCCUGGACCUCAAUGCCCUCUACCAGCGUGUGGAGCGCUUCGCCAGCCAGCCUGAGGCAUUCCUGCGCAUCCACGUCACCCACCUGGGCCGCAGCCCCCCGCCGCGCAUUGGCAACGGGAUCAAGGCACUCCUGCAGCUGCCCGCCAGCGACCCCACCUACUGGGCCACCGCCUACUUCGAUGUCCUGCUGGACAAGUUCCAGGUCUUCAACAUCCAGGACAAGGACCGGAUCUCAGCCAUGCAGAGCAUCUUCCAGAAGACCAAGGCCCUGGGUGGUGAGGAGAGCUGAGCAGGGCGGCCUAGUCUCUGCCACCCACAGCCUGGCUGCACCACCUCCACAGGAGGCUCCCAGGACAUUUGGAGAAGGGAACAGACUUCACUUUGAGGCGGGUGGUGGCUGGUGGAGGGACUUCAACCCCAGGGACCACCUCAGACCAGCCAGGGGAUGGCCCUGUGGGAUCUGAGGGUGCUGGGCAGCAGGCCUUCUGGAGCAGCUGCCUUGUCUCCUCGGGUGAAGGCUUGGGAUGAAGGGGCCGUGUAUUUCACGUGAUGCGUGUUGACCCAUCCCGUGGGAUGUCAUCAAGACUCUGAAAACCAAGUGUGCAUGAAACCUGGAGUUCGAGAGCUUGUCCCCCCCUGCACCGUACGCUGCUCUGUGGUGAUGAAAUACUGUAGAUGGGAUCUUG